AUGGAUAUUGAAAUAAAAGAUCAAAAGCAACACUUCAAUGGCAGUUCCCCUGAGGACUUUACGCUGCCCGUGGCGCCUGAAUGGGAUCCACGCCUUGAAAGGAAGGCUCGCAGAAAAGUUGACUUUUCUGUGCUGCCUCUGCUUUUCCUCGGUCUCUUUGCUUUCCAGCUGGAUCGCAUGAACAUUGCGAGCGCGUUGACCGGUGGCUUCGCAACUGAUAUCAAUGUCUCCCAGGCCACGAUUAAUUUGGGAAAUCAGCUAAUGUUCAUGGGUAUUGUGGUCUUCGAAAUACCAUGCAAUAUGGCCCUGCAACGAGUUGGUCCUCGUAAGUGGAUCUCAGCCCAGGUCUUCAUCUUCGGCCUACUCGCUACUAUGCAAGUAUUCAUCCGAGAUCGAGGGGCAUUUCUUGCCACACGCCUGCUUCUAGGGUUGGCCGAGGCAGGCUAUAUUCCUGGAGCAGUUUAUACUUUGUCGACGUGGUAUACAAAACGAGAAUUGCCCAAAAGGCUUGCCGUUUUCUUCUUCGGAAUGUUUGGCGGCAACGCUGUGAGUCCUCUGCUGGCCUCUGGCAUACUGAAACUCGACGGUCAGCGUGGUAUUAAAGGGUGGCAGUGGCUCUUUCUAAUCGAAGGCCUCUUCACGAUCUCCGUGUCGUUCGUCCUCCUAUUACUCCUACCUGGAUCUCCCGACCUUCCCAAGCCUCUACUUAAUCCGGGACUCAUCAAGUUUUCUGAUUCUGAGAAGGACACUCUUCAGCAACGACUUGAAUACUAUGACGGCGAGAAUCGCGGAGGCGCUCAUGGCCUGCAAAUUCCUUUAAGAAUUAUCUGGCGUACUGUGUCGCACUACCGUCGCUGGCCGCACUUUGUUUCUACAUUCGUCGUCUUUUCGACAUGGAGUCCCUUAACAACUUACACGCCGUCCAUCAUCAUGUCCCUCGGCUUCGACAGAAUUCCAGCCAACGCUCUAGCCGCAGUCGGUGCCUCCCUAGCCCUCGCCGUCGUGUUCUGUUUCGCUUCCAUGGCCGAUCGAAUCAAGUUCCGAGGUGUCUCUGUGAUCACUGCUCAAGUCCUCUACCUUGUCACCCUCAUAGUGGCUCUUGAGGUCCAGCCUCAUGUCGGCAAAUGGUCACGGUGGGGACUUUGGACUGCUGUAAAUAGUUUCGCGGUUGGGUAUCAUCCGAUACAUGUCUCUUGGGUUCAGAUGAAUUGUCGAGAUCCGAGAGAGAGGAGUAUCAGUAUCGCUAUGUGGGUUAUGUCUGCAAUUGCGGGUUUAAUGGCCGGAGCGCAAUACUUUCAAGUACAAGACAAACCACUCUAUUCGAUGGGUUUACGGACCAUGAUUAUCAUGGUAUCGGUAGGAAUUGCAAGUGCUCUGGUGCAGAUCAUUGUAUACGUUGUACACAACAGACGCGUUGCUCAGGGCAAGCAUCGGUCCAAGGAUGGAUUAGCACCUUUGGUAUAUAUUCCAUGA